AUGGAGGACGCCGACGAGCUGGCGCUGAACGUGCGGCCUUCCUGCUUGGACCGCCGCUGCUCGCAACCUUUCAUCGCCGACCGCGCCGUCCACUACGUGUGCGCCUGCAACUACGCCGCCUACAGCACGCUGGUCGUCGUCCUCGCCUUCCUGGUGAUGGGCCUCGUCGGCUAUCUGGUCGUCGUGCAGGGCCGAGGCGGCGUCGACUACGCGCACCGGCGAUUCAACUUCACCGACGAAUCGCCCGACGGAUUCGAGGGUCAGGAUUUCUCUCCCACCGCUCAAGCAGACGGAACAAUGGACUCUUCGGAGAGCCGUGUGAAUAACGCCUGCCAAACCAGCCGGCGCACCACUCAUGAAGUUUUCUCUCCGAAAUGCCAGGUCGUCCACGAGAGGGAUCUGUGCGGCUCGCGCGAGUGCAACCACGAAGCGGUGCGCAUAGUCGGCUCGCUCAACGCGUCCGUGGACCCAUGCGACGACUUCUACGCCUACGUGUGUUCUGUCUGGAUGGACAAGCACCGUCCCACGAAAGGCCAGGACAGGCGUUCCGUCGACGACGACCUCUUGGACAGCUACUCUCGCUUCCUGGUCAGCGUGCUGGGUCACAGCAACGCCGAGAUACCCUCGGUUAAGACCCUCUUCGACGCGUGCGUCGAACCGCCCGCCUCCCUGUUCAGCGACGUCGUCACCACCUUCUUCUACAUGGUGGGUCUACAGCACUGGCCUUACUCGCAUUCGGACAGGGUUAUGGCCGUGGACGUCGCCUCCAAGGUCGGCACUCUUCACCGUCUCUUGGGGCUGGACAGCCUAUUUCACCUCUCCGUCGUCGAGGAUCCCGAAGACAAAUACACGUUCAUGUCCAUCGGCGAGCCCGAGCUGGUGUCCGGAUUCGUCGAAGGAUCCUCCGUCGGAGAGUUCGCCUUCUUGGCCAAGGCUCACGAAACACUCAUGUCGUACCUGGGCAGGCCCUUGUCGACCAACGUUGCGGUGGUGGAGACGGACCUGGCGCGACGCAUGGCCCCACGAAAGACUCCGGGUUGCUACGAGCUGCUCAGCCAGUGCACUACCGUGCGCCUAGACCAGCUGCCGGAGUCUCGCGUAGUCCACUGGAAGCUGCUAGCGGAGGAAGCGUUCGGCGACCGCAUCGCGGCUGUGAACAGUUUCGUCAAGAUGCCUAACGACGAAUAUCUGCUGAGCUUCGGCAGCGACGUGCAGCAGACCCUGCAGAAGCCGGACAUUCUCAACUACCUGGCGUUCACCACUCAUCGCCAACAACACCGUGCGCCACCGCCUCUGCUACCGGAGCACUACUGCGUGCGGUUCUUGGACCGCUUCGAGGCGCCCCUCGUCAUGGCGUUGGCAUACGACCAGUCCGUCGCCCGAAUCUCGUGGGACGCUGUCCGGGAGCUUGUUUUGGGUCACCUCAAUGCCACGCUAGCAAGACACCUCAGGUACGACUUCUCCCGUUGGUUCACGCGCGAGUUCGCCGAUCACGUGUCCCAACAGUUGACGCGCGUCUCGUGGGAGCCCCUGGUGCCUAAGCGGUUCUUCGACAAGGAGUACCGCAGCAAGUACCUGAGCGGGCUCUAUAAGGAGGACUCCGGCAGCCAGCAGCUGCCUUCCUUCUUCUACUUCUGGCUCCAGCGAGCCGUCAAGAGGGCGCGCGGCACCCUGGAAACGUCCGAAGAGGACCUCAGGCCCGGCUGGAAAAAGGGCUUCCUUAGCACGUGGCCGCACCUCGGCGCUCCCUUUAGAAACCUGGAGAUCCCGCUGCCGGUAUUCGACUUCGGCAUGCCCCUCGACCGCAAGCUGCGCAAGUUUCACAUCCCUCGAGUCGGUACGCGAGUCUACUGGAGCCUCUUAAAAUACAUCUACUUCCUGGCGUACGGUUUCUACCUGAACACCACGUUGUCCGACCCGGUCUCCGUGUUCGAGAACCUGCGCGGGUGCCUCCAGAAGGACUACGCCCGGAUGAGCGCUUCUGCGGGCCGGUCUCCGCUGCACACGCAGCUCCUCUUCGAGAAGACUUCGACCGCGGACAUGCUGGACGUGUUGGCAGUGGGCCUGGCCUACCAGUCCUUCGAGGAGUACAUGCUCAAGGAGCUCUCCAACUUCCGCUUCACGGAGGCGCGCCAGUUCUCGCCGGAACAGCUGUUUUUCAUCUACUACGGCAUAAGCCACUGCGAGAACGCGAACCCGCUCUUCGAGAGCUGGCAGCAGGCGAACGACGUCAGCUCGGCGUGGGCCCGCGUCAACGGACCCCUGAGACACGUGCCCGAAUUCGCGGCGGCCUUCCGCUGCUCUCUGGGUUCGUUCAUGAACCCGCACGACAAGUGCAGGCUAGAUGAGAUCAGCGCCACUGUGCGCCAGCCUUAG